AUGUUCGAACUAAAAAUAGGGAAGAGCAGCUCUGAGCAGAAAGAAGAAAAGCCAAACGAUGGUCAGUGCACCUUUUUAAUCUUCAAAAGACUUCUAGAAGGUCUGCAUGAAAUUGUCAAGCAGCUGGAAAUGAAAGUGACAAACGAGGGAAUAUACAUACAGGCAAUGGACAGCAUGCAGGUAAGUAUGGUUGACAUUUUCUUGAAGAGCACUGCAUUUGAAAGCUUCCGGUGCGACAGAAAUCUGACUCUUGGUAUACCUCUUCAGUUUAUUCUGAAAGUGUUCAGAAGUCUUCCUGUAGAGGAUAAUCUGUCUGUUCUUCUGUCUGCAAAUGAUGAUGCAACAAAUCUUGAUAUUGUCUGUGAGGAUGGUGGAAAGAAGUACAGCUCACACUUAAAAUUAAUUGAUAUAGGGUGCGAAGAGUACACCUUCCCAUGCGUAGACUACACGGCUACUAUAACCUUUAUAUCAGCAGAAUUCCAAAGGGUUGUGAAAACACUCGGAGCUUUUGGGGAAGUUCUCAGAAUAACUGCAAAUGAUAAAGGGUUUGUGUUCGAGCAGCGUUCAGAGGUCGGAAAUAGUGAAGUCUCUUUUAUGAUAAGGGAAGAGGCCGAAAACACAGAGAACAAAGACUUUGAUGUCGAAAUUAAAGGGGGAGUUGAACUCGCCAUACCAUACAAAUACAUUUCUUUGUUCAGUAAGUUUGGAACUCUUGGUGCAAAAAUCACCAUGAGUAUAGCAGAGGACAUGCCAGUGUAUAUCACAUCUGUCAUGAACGCUGGUUAUCUUAGAUACUACAUUGCCCCAAGAGACGACGAAUAA